AUGAAUUAUAAUGGACUGCUUCAAGAUUUGGGAUUCCCAAUGCUGCUAUUUCCUAUAUGCUCUAGUAUUAUUUGUCGGUAUAAUAUCUACCCCUUCAUUUCCCUAGGUAUCGUCUCACUGAGAGUGAUAACGGAGGCGGAACUUUAUGUCACAGUCAAUACGAAUACUUCGAUUAUAUUAAACUGUACAUACGUCAUAGAAAACAGUGAGAGAGUCUUCCGUAUAGACUGGAAAAAGAAACAUGGAAGUGACUAUAGUGCGAUAGUACGAUUUCCCCUCAAUGAUCCUGCAAUUUUUGUGCCAGAUGGUAUUUACUUGAAGAACAGAACUGAUCUUGUCAACCCUGGAAAUGGAUCAAACAGUGCUAUUCUGAAAAUCAAUGACGUAAUCUGUGAAGAUGCCGGACAUUACCGAUGUUCCGUGACGUCCAUGGCUGGUGAUGCUUCAAACGACACAUCUGUGUUUAUUCAAGCGGAUGCAGUACAUCCAAUUAAAUUUACCAUAUACCCAAACGGCAGCUUGGAAGAAAAUGACACGGUGACCUUGUCGUGUUAUGCAAAUGUUGGAAAUCCAGAAGGCUACAUAGCAAUAUGGAGAGUGGACAAGACAUCAACUUCAGCCGUACUGCUUAAUGAGACAAACAUAGACAGAAGCAAGACUGAGAACUGUACAACUCUGAUAAACGCAACAGUAACUUACACUGUUUCCCGGAAUGACAAUGGCGCGUUUUUCAGAUGUUCUUCACAAAACAGACAGACACUGGGGCCAGCACCAAGCAGAGACACAAACCCUAUCAAUGUCCUGUAUGUUCCAAGUAAACUAACGAUUUUCUUGACACCAAAUAAGAAACUGUAUGUUGGGGACGGACUACAGUUAACCUGUAUAUCUGAUGGUAAUCCACCCCCGAGGAUCAGAUGGAAAUUUCAUCCUGAUAACUGCAUAAAUAGCACAGAAACUUUUCAAUCUUCUAAUGGAACUCUGAAAAUAUACCAACUCAAACUUGAAGAUUCCGGUGUUUUUUGUUGUUUGGCAUCAAAUGCGUAUGGGGAAAAUUACCAAUCCAUCUUACAGAUAUAUAUAACAGUGUGGGAGAUAGUUAUCCCCAAACCCACAUGUGCUGCUAGUCCUUGUGGUAUAACUGAAAUCUGCAACGAAACGCAUGGCAAGGUUGUUUGUACAGUAAACAAUUGGGUUGCUGUUGCUUUCGUUUCCGUACUUCUAGCGACAGGAUUUUGCGUAACAACCAUAGUGUUACUUUGUCGCCGUAGACAGUUGAAUAAGAAAGUUACUAACGAUGAGGAAUAUGAAGCAAUUAGCAGCAAUCGCCAGUUACAGGAGAGGGAUACUGAGAACGCAAGAUAUGAAGCGUUGAACAUAGCGGCACAAACCAGUACAUGAUAGAGCCCGUGAACACUCUUCUAUGCCUUGCUUACUGCUUACACGAAAUCCAAUGCAUAUUGUAAUGAAAAAUCAGCUUUCGCACUGAACUCGUUGUUAACCCAGAUAUGAUAAAUGAAUACUGAAAAUAGCUCUGCGUAUUGGAAUUAUAUCGAUCCUUACUUCUCCUAGACACGUGUUCCCACCUCUGGUAUUUCCAGGGGUGCGUGUUUACCCUACUCUCAAUUUUGUAUUUCUUGAUACAUUCACCGUUCGUUAUCUUCACUUUUUCAUCGAAGUGUUUCUAGGGCGUGAUUCGAUUCAUAAUGAGCAUCAAAAGUGAAUUUCAAUACACAUUGAAUAUAAAGAGAAAUUAUCUUACACCCCAAUGUGAACACAGCCUGAUCCAGUCAACACUAUAUUCAAUCAUACUCGAGAAUGCCUUCAGAGGAAAUGGUAUUUGAAUUUGAUAUCGUUGUGUAAUCAAAGAGGAACCACGAUUCAAGAGACCUUAAAACUACAUGGAGCGGACUAGAAGGCCUAGUGUAGGUUAUCCAAUACUGAUAUUGGUGACGUUUUGAUAACUUAUCAUAAUAGUUGCAUACUACGAAGCAAGACUGUUUUAACGUUUAACACGUCCACCUCUACUUAGUAUGUAUUGUUUUCACGAAUUUUUAUAGCGAUAUAAUUUUUCUAUAAUGGAACUUGUAAAUACAGGAUCGUUUAUAAAUUUCCUAUACAUCAAGCAUUAUGAGAAAAUUACUUAACACCUAAGUCAAACUCGUUUGAUUUAUUCGUCCAGUUUCUGUUAUCCUGUAAACCCAUCAAUCUAUGUGACGAACUCACCAAUAUAUAUGUUGUGUUAUAAUACUAUAAUUCCAAUGUUAUUUAUUACAAUUGUUUUGACUGGACAAAAAUAAAGCUGAACAAGAGUUUACACAUCAAUAAAUCCGAAAACGCGAUGUAUUCGUGCACGCAUGAAAACAAAUAACAUAGUGCCGGAAACUAUUCAAAUUUUUGCAUUUGUUAAUAAAGUGAAUGAAUUGGAAUUAUAAGAACCAAACAUUCUUUUUGAAGAAUUUAUCGAUGUGUAAACUCCGGACAUUUUACUCACAAACUUAACAUAAAAGUGCUUUGCACUUUUAUUCAGUUUGUGAGUAAAAUGUCCGGAGUUUACACAUUGAUAAAUUCUUCAAAAAGAAUGUUUAAUCCUAUAGUAAACGUAUCUAUUUUAUAUAGUGUUAUAAUACUGUAAACCUAUCUAUUUUAUGUAGUGUUAUCUACAUGUUGUAUUACAAUACUUCUCUCUAAAUGCUACUUUAUAAACCUGUUAUAGUAUUGUAAAUCGAUCUAUAUGUUAUGGUAAUGUACACCUCUCUACAUCUGUGUUGGGUCAUGAUACUGUAUACAUGCUACUAUCAGUUUUUAAGUCGAGACAAACAAGUUGAUGUUGCAGGGGUUUCAAUGGUCUCGUUUAAAGUCAGCAUUUUUCACAUUCUAUGGUCGUUAUAAUGAUUUAGUUUUCCCAUAUAACCUAUGAUUUGGUCAAAUGCUGUUUGGCGUGUUGGUUGAUUGCUAUGUCGUUCUUUGCACACUCAUUUUGACUACGGAUUACCCCGUUUACCUGAUCAAGACAUAGGACUCACGGUAGUUGUAACCGGUCGACAUGGGAUGCUUCCUUAUCCUAGGCACCUGAUCCCAUAUCUGGUAUGUCCAAGGGUUCGUGUUUGCCCAACUCUUUAUUGUGUAUUCUUUAUGGGAUUUAUGAGAUUAAUCACUGUUUUUCAUCUUCUCCUUUCAUCAAUGUGCCUGUUCAGCUAAAUGCGAUUUUAAUGUAAUCAUCUAAUAAGCAAGAUUUUUCGUAAUAAAAUAGUACAGUAUUGUA